AUGGUGUUGAGAAGCCACGCGCACGAGAGCGGCUUAGGCAGCGUCAACGGAUCAGCAGAAGCGCUACGUUUCGAGAUGAAGGAGGAUUCUUUAGGUACAAGCGAACUACUGACCACGAAGUUACAGGAAACGGCGAGGUUCGAGCAAGUCGAACCAGCGGCGGUAGAAGAGCCACUCACGACGAAAGCACUACUCGAGUUCGAGAUGAAUGAUGACACGCAAGGGGAUUUUCCAUGUUAUUUUUACCAGGUUUCCCUACCGGCUAUUGAUAUAUUAUUACAGGAGGCCUACCUAAGAGAUCGAGGCAUCGAAGGAGGUGUCGUCGAAGCUCUCGCAGUCAGCAUAGACGUACAUCGAUUGUUGGACGAGUGGUUCAUAUCGAAAGUUCCACUCGAGUUCGAAGUGGUAAGACUUGAAGAGCUUACGAAGUCUGCGAGGGUAGAAGACAAGGCGGUCGCAAUGCUCGUGAGCAGCGUCGAGGCAGAGAAGUUGGUAUACGAGGGGAGUACUGACUCACAGGGAUACGAACUUUUACAGGGUAUCGACGAGGUUCCAAGCUACGAAACGCCGACAGUACGAAGGUUCGGAUCAAGACGAUCCACAAUCGAGUCCCUCCAGAAAGACAUUUACCUUGUCAUCGGUGCAAGCGGUUUUGGAAGUCGACAUAUUGUCGAGCACCUGGCAAGAGCAGACGCCAUCUCCGUGUUAGAUGUCGUACAGAGACACCGUGAUGUCUCGUUUUAUAUUGGAGACACUACAGGCAGACGGGACGUGUUGGAUGUAUUGAAAAAGUCGGGCGCUACAUGUAUCGUACGCGCUGCCUUACUGCAGCACAGCGCAAAGGACCCCUCCGUCUGCUACAAGGUCAACGUCGAAGGCACCCGAACUAUCAUCGUCGCAGCCAUUGCAGCUGGAGUCCUGUAUCAGCACAGUCGAACCCGCAUCCAGAUCGGUGACAACAAUGAUAUCGAAUCCAAACUAGAGUCCGAAAGUGCUACAGCAAAACUCAACGAAUCUCUACACUGUGCUCUCCCUCCUAUAUUUGUCACGACUGAAUAUCACCGCACACCACACAGCUCUGCGCAGCCGCUCGGUCCCUAUGUCACACCACCUGACGCCGGAUCCAUCCUACCUGCGUUCAACUCCCCGUUCGACCCACAUGAACUCGAGCAUCCCACUAUCCGUUCUCAAGUUGAUGGACAAGCGUUCUUCAUCGCAAAUGGAGAGUCGGAUUACUUCUGGGACGUUACAACGAAGGCGAGCGAAGACAAUCGUGUUUAA